CCUUAACAUAAAGUGUUACCUUGGCAGCAUACUGGGCUUAUUUCUUCUUGCAAUUACAGACUAUGUGGUGGUUGUAGACUUGUAGUUAACCAACUCACGGCGUCAGUUCCUCCUGCUGUCUUUUAGGUGACUCCCGCAUAGUAUUCUGUUCCGAUAGCUGCUCAUUCUCUGAUCCAGGUUUCGAAAUUCUGUUGUUUGUCUCUGAUGGUCUUCUGAAUAACCUUACAAUUUUGUUCAUAUCGAAGGUUGUUUUAACCCCAGCAUCAACUCUGUCCCUUCUGAAUUCUGAUACUUUUCUUGUUUGUUUCUGAAAGAAGAAUCCUGAAAAUGUCCUCCCUAGUCUCUCCUUUUCUUCUCCUCAUAUGUGCAUCAUACCUUGCACAAAACCCCAUAGGAAAACCCCAGAAACAAAAUCUGAGAGAGAGAUUAAUCAAAUAUGUCGUUGCUCACAGAUCUUUUGAACUUAGAUCUUUCAGACAAAACUGAAAAGAUCAUAGCUGAAUACAUAUGGAUUGGUGGAUCUGGUAUGGACCUUAGAAGCAAAGGAAGGACAUUACCUAGUCCGGUUAGUGAUCCUUCCAAGCUACCAAAAUGGAAGUACAAUGGUUCCAGCACUGGACAAGCUCCAGAAGAGGAUAGUAAAGUCAUCCUAUAUCCUCAGGCUAUCUUCAAAGACCCUUUUAGAAAACGAAAUAACAUUCUUGUUAUGUGUGAUGCUUAUACUCCGGUAGGUGAGCCUAUCCCAACUAACAAGAGAUGUGAUGCUGCAAGGAUAUUCAGUGAUCCUGUUGUUAAGAAAGAAGUUCCAUGGUAUGGAAUUGAGCAAGAAUACACCCUCUUGCAGAAGGAUGUUAACUGGCCUCUUGGAUGGCCCUUGCGUGGCUUUCCUGGACCUGGACCUCAGUUGUUUACUGAUGAUAACCAGGGACCUUACUACUGUGGUACUGGUGCGGACAAGGCAUUCGGACGUGACAUUGUUGAUGCCCAUUACAAUGCCUGUCUCUAUGCAGGAAUUAGCAUCAGUGGAGUCAGUGGAGAAGUUCUGCCUGGACGGUGGAAAUUUCAAGUUGGCCCUGCUGUUGGUAUCUCUGCUAGUGAUGAGAUAUGGGUGGCUCGUUACAUUCUUGAGAGGAUCACGGAAAUCGCUGGAGUUGUCGUUUCCUUCGACCCCAAGCCUAACAAGGGUGACUGGAAGGGGGCUGGGGCUAGUGCUCACUGUAACUACAGUGUCUUACGUAAGUCUGUUUUAUCUAGUACCAAGUCCAUGAGAGAGAAUGGAGGGUACCAGGUCAUUACAGAUGCAGUUGAAAAGCUUAGGCACAGACACAACGAACACAUUGCUGCUUAUGGUGAAACAGCCGACAUCUACACCAUCUUCAAUUGGGGAGUUGAAAAUCGUGGUGCAUCUAUUAAAGUCGGGAGUGAUACUGAGCAUGAUGGGAAAGGCUUUUUCGAGGACCGAAGGCCUCCAUCCAAUAUGGAUCCGUAUGUCGUCACUAGGAUGAUUGCAGAGACCACGAUUUUCUGAAUUAAAAAAACUUUCUUUUGUAUCUUGUUAGCUAUUUUUAUUUGGGGAAGGACCUGUUAUCUUUCACUAUCUAGGGAUAAGACUACCUGAUGUGGAUAAUUACGAGAUAGUUUCAUUCUUUAGUAAACAAAAGAAUGCAUACCAGUAAUUUUGAAUG